AUGGCCGACAUUGCAAAAGUUUGUAGAAUAUCUGAGGGCAGCAGCAACUUUCUGUUAACCAACUGUUGUGUUUGUGUUAUUCCAGCUACUGAGUACCAUCUCGGCCUGCUGAAGGCAAAGCUUGCAAAAUACAGAGCUCAGUUACUAGAACCCUCCAAAUCCUCCGCAGCUAAAGGAGAGGGCUUUGAUGUGAUGAAAUCUGGAGAUGCCAGGGUGGCACUGAUUGGUUUUCCUUCUGUGGGUAAGUCCACGUUUUUGAGUUUAAUGACCUCAACUGCCAGUGAAGCUGCGUCUUAUGAGUUCACAACCCUGACAUGUAUCCCAGGAGUCAUAGAAUACAAAGGAGCCAAUAUUCAGCUCUUGGAUCUGCCUGGGAUCAUCGAAGGGGCAGCACAAGGGAAGGGCAGAGGUCGGCAGGUGAUAGCGGUAGCCAGGACGGCAGAUGUUGUUAUUAUGAUGCUGGAUGCCACAAAGGGUGAAGUACAGAGGGCCCUGCUGGAGAAAGAACUGGAGUCUGUAGGAAUCCGGCUGAACAAAAGCAAGCCAAAUAUCUAUUUCAAGCCGAAAAAGGGUGGAGGCAUCUCCUUCAACUCGACUGUAACGUUGACUCAGUGCUCUGAAAAGUUGGUACAGCUCAUCCUCCAUGAAUAUAAAAUCUUCAAUGCUGAGGUUCUCUUUAGAGAGGAUUGUUCUCCUGAUGAGUUCAUCGACGUGAUUGUAGGCAACAGGGUCUAUAUGCCGUGCCUCUAUGUUUAUAACAAGAUUGACCAGAUAUCUAUGGAGGAGGUGGAUCGUCUUGCUCGGAGACCCCACAGUGUUGUAAUCAGCUGUGGCAUGAAACUGAAUCUGGAUUACUUGCUGGAGAAGCUCUGGGAAUACCUUGCGCUUACCUGCAUCUACACCAAGAAACGAGGACAGAGACCAGACUUCACAGAUGCCAUUAUUCUACGGAAAGGGGCCUCUGUGGAGCAUGUGUGCCAUCGAAUUCACAGAUCAUUAGCCAGCCAGUUCAAAUAUGCCUUGGUGUGGGGGACAAGCACAAAAUACAGUCCUCAAAGAGUGGGCUUAACUCAUAUGAUGGAGCAUGAAGAUGUCAUUCAGAUUGUCAAGAAGUAACCCUCUUUGCUGCUCUUUGCUGGUGCCUGGCCUUGUCUUAAUCACUAGAAUUGGAACUGACCACAUAAAAGCAAAACAAAACAAAAAAGAAAAAAAAGAAAAAAGGGAGAUGUGUUCCACAGCCAAGAAAGCAAGAAUGCUUCUGUGAAGCUCGUUCCCUUGGAGAAAGGCAGAGAAUGAGGCUACUCUACUUGCAGGUGGGGAUGGGAGAGAUGGGUUUCCAUCUUGCAGCGUUUCAAGUGAGGUAAUAUCUCCUAAAUAAAAAAGGAGCCCGUUCUUCUAGGACAUAGCGCCUAGAGCUAACAACCUCCUGCCCCUAGCAGGGUUUGCAUGCGUGUCCAUCUCUUAACCUUCCAGUGGUUUGCUCAACCAGUGGGAAGUUUAUGGGUUUGUGCGAGCAAAUUUGGCCCGGUGCUUUGGGACAGGGAAACCAGGACUGGGGGAGUGUUACUGAUGUUUUGCUGUGUGUCCAUUCAUUUAAUGUAAGCAUUUGAAAUGGAAAUAUCUGAAGUGGAAACAAAGUUCUCCCUCCCCUGCUCGCUGGACAUGUUGCCUCUACAGCUUCCACCGAGGGCGACUUCAGUCUCUGUAUCUGAGACGACCCUCAGCUAAUUGAUAAUGGUCUCACCUCAAUUAUAUUAAAACCUGGCACUCGGUGCCUCGUGUUAGCUCUGCAGUAAGGUUUAUAGGACAUCUGGUCCGAUUGGUACUACCAAGAGAGGUGAGAAAUGAAACCUUGCUAAGGAAUGAUUGACCUGGCCAAACUGCAGCAAGGUACGAUCAAAGAGCCAUAGGCUGCAGUGAGGAUUUACUUCCGGCAUAUCAUUGGUCCAAGAAGUUACCUUGGGAGUUUACUACUUUGCUCUUAUCCUGUCCAUUAGUCCCCAAGAGUAUUGCUGGAGAUCUGCUUCUUUCUCAGUCAUGCACCUAAAUUCCGUUAACAGCUCUUUGAGCCUGAAGUACCAUCCCAUGCCAAGGGUUUCACCCCAGCCCUGUUAAAUAAUAUUGCUUGUAUGGAUAUUUUUCAUCGGAAUUUGGGGAUUUUUCUAAUCAUGCUUUUUCAUUGAAUAUUGAUGCUUACCAGUUUGGAGUGCCUGAUAGAGAACAGCUCUUUUCUUCUAGGAUCAAGAGCUGCACAUAGCUUUUAUUUUCUUUCAUUGAAAAAGGGUUCAGUCUGAUGUGGGCUCUUAACUGCGAGGACAAGUCUGAUAGCAGACUUGUCUGAGCCGGGCCCCUUCCCUCUCUUUUGUGCUCCUCCCCACCCUUCCCAAAGUAAUCAAACAGAAAUGGAAGGAAUAUUUUAUUUGAGAAAAUAAAAGUUGCUAUUUCAUGUGAAUUGUA